AUGGCCACUCAUGCCACCGUUUCGUGCCCGCUAGGACCUCGCGUUCGUACGUAUGUAGGCCGAAAGGACGCUACCAAAGCAGCUCCAGACGGCCUCCUGCCGAGUGUCCAUGCACCUGCGGAUGAUCUGGUUGCGCUGUUCGCCGAUAAAACUAUAUCUGCACACGACCUGACCGCACUUCUGGGCGAUCAUUCAACUUCCACUUGGAAGAGUGUCGAUAGCUCUAAAGCUGGGUUCCCCCAAGAUUCUACACCUGGCGUAUGGGACGUGAAUUACUACAACGAGACUUUCAAAGAGAACGAAAAUGAAUGCAUCUACAAGUUUGAAUAG